UCUGCGCCGCCCGCCCGCCCGCCGUGGGCUCCAGCGUGCUCACCUCGGCCUCUCUAGCCCGCCCGCUCACCGGUCCCGCGGCUCCUCCGGGCGCCCGUCGGGAACUCGUGCCUCUCGCGUUCCCCCAGCUCCUCGGGGGCCACCUUGGACCAUGGUGCCCACCCAGGAGGAGUCUGCCGCGCUGGGGACCAACGAGGCUCCGCCACCGUACCAUGAGCCUGCGGAGACAGCUCCAUUGCCCGGCCCAGGACCCUCGGACGGCCUGGAGGCGGCUGCCGAGAAGGUGGAGCUGGAGCUGGCGGCGCCCCCCGAGCCCCCUGAACCCCCCGAGGGCGGCUGGGGCUGGCUGGUGAUGCUGGCAGCCAUGUGGUGUAAUGGGUCGGUGUUUGGCAUCCAGAACGCCUGCGGGGUGCUCUUCGUGUCCAUGCUGAAGACCUUUGGGUCGGACGACCAGGAGAAGAUGGUCUUCAAGACAGCAUGGGUAGGUUCUCUCUCUAUGGGGAUGAUUUUCUUUUGCUGUCCCAUAGUCAGUGUCUUCACAGACAUAUUUGGAUGUCGGAAAACAGCUGUCAUUGGUGCUGCAGUUGGCUUCAUUGGACUCAUGUCGAGUUCUUUUGUAAGCUCCAUCGAGCCUCUGUACCUUACCUAUGGAAUCAUAUUUGCCUGCGGCUGCUCCUUUGCAUACCAGCCUUCAUUGGUCAUUCUGGGACACUAUUUCAAGAAGCGGCUUGGACUGGUGAAUGGUAUUGUCACCGCUGGCAGCAGUGUCUUCACCAUCCUGUUGCCUUUGCUUUUAAGGGUCCUCAUUGACAGCGUGGACCUCUUUAAUACACUGAGGGUCCUUUGUAUCUUCAUGUUUGUUCUCUUUCUGGCUGGCUUUACUUACCGACCUCUUGUUUCCAGUGCCAAAGAUAAAGAGAGUGGAUCCAAAGGGGGCAACAGAUUUUCCCUCUUUUCUAGGAGAAAAUUCAGUCCUCCAAAAAAAAUUUUCAAUUUUGGCAUUUUCAAGGUGACAGCUUAUGCAGUUUGGGCAGUCGGAAUACCACUUGCUCUUUUUGGAUACUUUGUGCCUUAUGUUCACUUGAUGAAUCAUGUGAAGGAAAGAUUUGCAACAGAGCAUAAUAAAGAGGUGCUUCUGAUGUGCAUUGGCAUCACCUCAGGGGUUGGACGAUUGCUCUUUGGACGGAUUGCUGAUUACGUGCCUGGAGUGAAGAAGAUUUAUCUACAGGUACUGUCCUUUUUCUUCAUUGGCCUCAUGUCCAUGAUGAUUCCCCUGUGCAGCGUCUUUGGGGCCCUCAUUGCUGUCUGUCUCAUCAUGGGUCUCUUCGAUGGAUGCUUCAUCUCCAUCAUGGCUCCCAUUGCUUUUGAGUUGGUUGGCGCCCAAGAUGUCUCCCAAGCAAUUGGAUUUCUGCUCGGAUUCAUGUCGAUACCCAUGACAGUAGGCCCACCCAUUGCAGGGUUACUUCGAGAACAGCUGGGCUCCUAUGACAUGGCAUUCUACCUUGCUGGAAUCCCUCCCCUCGUUGGAGGUACUGUGCUUUGUUUUAUCCCAUGGAUCCACAGUAAGAAGAAAAGAGGGAUGAGUAAAACCAAUGGAGAAGAAAAGAUGGAGAAGAUGUUGGAGAACCAGAGCUCUGUGGUCUCCAGCUCAUCUGGACUCCUCAAGAAAGAGUCUGACUCUGUUAUUUAA